AUGAAGCUCGCCUUCUUCCUCUUGCCUCUUGCCCUCGCGGCUCCCAUCGCCGACAUCGCCAAUGCCCCCAGCGCAGAGGAGCGCGCAGUGGUCCCUGCCCCGCCCGAGGUCGAGGAGCGCCAGCUCGGCGGCGGCAUCACUGGCAUCCUCAGUGGCCUCUUCCCCGGCCUCGGCCAGGGCACCCUCCUCAACCUCGGCGUUCUCAACCAGCUCACCGGAAACCUCGGCACAAGCCUCAACCCGCUCCCCCUCGUCCAGGUCUACUCGCUCGUCCAGCUCGUCCAGAACAUUGUGGCCUCUGGCGGUGCCCCCAAGGUCGUCCCUGGCGGCCUCCCCACCUCCCUCACCAACGCCCAGUUUAACGCCUUCAUCUACAACACGCAGCAGAUCCUCAAGGGUGUGCCCGGUAUCCCCGCUGGCCUCAUCAGCUCCCUCGGCACUAUCGUCGGCAAGAUCGUCCCCAUUGGUAAUGGCUCUGGCGGCGCUGCUCCGCCUGGUUCGACCGACCUUGGCGCCGGUCUCGUGAACCUCGUUGGUCAGGCCCUCAAGCUUCUUGCUGGUUUCGACCCCAAGGCUUCCCCUGCUGUUAUCGGCCAGAACCUCGGCCAACUCGACGCUAUCUUCAAGCAGAUCCUCGGCGCUAUUCCCACGUCUUCGUCUGGCGUUGAUAUCGGUAGCCUGUCUGGCGUGCUCGGCCAGCUCGUCAACAACCUUGCCGCCUACCUCGCUGAGCUCCAGAACCCCACUAGCAGCCUCAUCCAGCUGCCCGGCCAGGGUGCCAUCGCUAGCCUCGGUGCCAUCCUCCAAAAGCUCGCCGCGGUCAACGGGUUGAGCAACGUUGUCGCAAACAUUGCGUCCUCGCUCAACUUUGGCGGCACCAACAACCUCAGCCGCCUCCUCGCCCAGACCCUCGCUGCCGCCUUCCAGCUGAUCCAAGGCCUUCUCCAGACGCUUGGCCUCGGCAACGUUCUCCAAAACCUUCUUGGCGGUCUCAACGGUGGCAGUGGUGGCGGUGGUGGUCUUGGGGGCCUCCUUGGCGGACUCGGUCUUUAA